UCUGUUCCGAUUCCUUCCUCACUCGUCAUCCCAUUCCGAGUUCCGACCCUUUCAGCCUUUCGGUUUUAGCCGACAAAACUAACAGAGCGAGCGAGGGAGAGAGAGAGAGAGGGAGAGAGAGAGAAAAGAAAGCUAAUAUGUAUCCUAUACAGUAAAAGAAGAAAAAAAAAAAAGGAAAGCACGUAUCUGUAACAUCAGCUGAACCGUUACCGUACACAUCACUAAUUGCAGAAGCUCUAUGUAUUUACCAAUCACCCGCAUUCUCGUUUUUCGUCUUCAAGUUUAGUCUGAACUGCUCUGUAACAGUACUAGUACUACUACUACUACUUCCCUUUGCUCUUAGGGUUAGGAGUUAGGACUAGGGUUUCUUCUCAUAAUGUAAAACCCUAGCUAGGGUUUGAGGGUUUUGUUCUCUCUCUAUCUCGAAGAUUCGGGUGAAUAAAUUCUGGAGCCAUUGGAUGGGAAACUGCUGCAGAUCUCCCGCUGCAGUUGCGAGAGAGGACGUUAAAUCGAAUUACACUGAUUAUGGCCGGAAAGAAAGAGGUGGCGGUGACUCUGGCGGGAAGAAGACCAUCACUGUCUUGAAUGACGUCCCAAAAGAGGGGAUCGAGGAGAAGUACGUGGUCGACAGGGAAUUAGGACGCGGAGAGUUUGGUGUUACUUACCUAUGCAUUGAUCGCAAUACCAGAGAGCUUUUGGCUUGUAAAUCGAUUUCCAAGAGAAAGCUCCGGACGGUUGUGGAUGUUGAGGAUGUGAGGCGAGAGGUGGCCAUUAUGAAGCAUUUGCCCAAGAAUUCGAGCAUUGUGAGUUUGAAGGAGGCUUGUGAGGAUGAUAAUGCGGUUCAUUUAGUGAUGGAGUUGUGUGAGGGAGGGGAAUUAUUUGAUCGGAUCGUAGCUCGUGGUCACUAUACCGAGAGGGCAGCUGCUGCCGUCACUCGGACCAUUGUGGAGGUUGUUCAGCUCUGUCACAAGCAUGGAGUGAUCCACAGAGACUUAAAGCCAGAGAACUUUCUCUUUGCGAAUAAGAAGGAGAAUUCACCUCUCAAGGCCAUUGAUUUUGGCUUGUCUAUAUUCUUCAAGCCAGGAGAGAGAUUCUCUGAAAUUGUUGGAAGUCCAUAUUACAUGGCUCCAGAAGUGCUCAAGCGGAACUAUGGACCUGAAAUAGAUAUAUGGAGUGCAGGAGUCAUUCUUUACAUUUUACUCUGUGGAGUUCCUCCAUUUUGGGCUGAGUCAGAACAAGGGGUUGCACAGGCAAUUCUUCGUGGUCUUAUAGAUUUUAAAAGGGAUCCAUGGCCAAAUAUUUCAGAGAGUGCAAAGAAUCUGGUUCGACAGAUGUUGGAGCCUGAUCCAAAGCUUCGGCUAACUGCAAAGCAAGUGCUUGAACAUCCUUGGAUCCAAAAUGCUAAAAAAGCUCCAAAUGUUCCUCUUGGAGAUGUUGUCAAGUCAAGGCUUAAGCAGUUUUCUAUGAUGAAUAGGUUCAAGAGGAAAGCCUUAAGGGUUAUUGCCGAUCAUUUGUCAAUCGAAGAAGUUGAAGACAUCAAAGAAAUGUUCAAGAGGAUUGACACUGAUAAUGAUGGUGUUGUUUCAAUUGAGGAACUGAAAACGGGACUUCUGAAGUUUGGCUCCCAGCUGGCAGAGUCUGAAGUGCAGAUGCUUAUUGAAGCUGUAGAUACCAAUGGAAAAGGUAAACUUGAUUAUGGAGAAUUUGUUGCAGUGUCUCUCCAUCUACAGAGGAUGGCCAAUGAUGAGCAUCUCCGCAAAGCCUUCUCCUACUUUGACAAGGAUGGAAAUGGUUAUAUCGAGCCACAGGAGCUCCAGGAUGCCUUGAUGGAAGAUGGAGCUGCUGACUAUGCAGAUGUAGCAAAUGACAUCUUUCAAGAAGUAGACACUGACAAGGAUGGAAAGAUCAGCUAUGAUGAGUUUGCAGCAAUGAUGAAAACCGGAACAGAUUGGAGAAAAGCUUCUCGUCAUUAUUCUCGAGGGAGGUUUAACAGUCUUAGUGUAAAGCUUAUGAAGGAUGGUUCACUAAAUAUGAGCAGUGAGUAGUAUAUAGUUUAGGAGGGUUCACUGUUCGACACAAGGAAGCUUUUGGACCAUUCCACGUAUAUCUUGGACUUGUAUGAUUAUUUGUGGGGGCUGUUUAUUUGGUGCUACCCCCUUUAAUUUGUCUUGUUAACAGGAGUGUGGGUAGGCAAGUGCAUGUUUUAACUACUUUAAUCCAAUGUUGAUGAGAAGCAAAGCAUGCCUUGCAUAUUGUGGGCCUGGCUAGUGUGUAUUAUUCCAUCCUCCAUUACGACAUCAA